GAAUGCAGCUAACAUUGCAGCUGAGCACUUAACCACGGGAUUAAGCAUGACUAAAGUAAACAGGAAUGAUGUCUGCCAGGCUCUUGACAUAAGCAGGAAGUUAAAUACUGAGCUCAGAACUUCACUCGUGCUCUGCAUUCUCUUGGCAUUCUGAAACUGACAUACUGAGUACAAAGCUGGUAUAACAGUUGCUUGUAACAUGGCAAAAGACUACUUUUUAAAUUCACAAGAAUCAUGUGACAAGCUGACAAUGGACCAGGUAGUAACAGACCUUAUAAAUGGGAAACCUCUUCGUGGGUGGCUACGCAAGCACGGAGGAGUGGUGCGCGGCUGGCAGCGGCGCUAUUUUGUGCUGAAGAAAGAGUGUCUCUUCUGUUUCAUGCGGGAAGAUGACACUCGGAUUACACACACUUAUCUUCUGGAUGAAUAUUGCCUUAAUGAACUUCCAGCAUCAACUGAUGACCCCGAUAAAUUUUCAUUUGAACUGUUGUCUGAGAAACAGCCGUCUGAAUCAGUGACACUCUGUGCUACCAGUGAAGAGGAGAGAAAAAUGUGGGUCAAGGCACUCUGCUAUUCUAUAUAUGCUCAAAAGGGAGGCGCUAUAUUUGGACUGCCUUUGGAAGAAGCAAUGAAAAUGGAGCACAAACUAGGUCGUAAGAUUCCCUACAUUGUGGAGGCCUGCAUAGAGCAUUUAGAAAAAUAUGCCAUGGAGACAGAGGGUAUAUUCAGGUUAGCGGGGCGAGCGGGACUUUUGAAGGAGCUUCGAAGUCAGUUUGAAACUGCCCAGCACCCACCACUGGAUAAAAUUGAUGUUCACACGGUGGCAUCUCUCUUAAAAGCAUAUCUACGAGAACUCCCAGAGUCUUUGAUACCACCAGGGAUGUACCAGCGUGCCAUGAAUUGUGCCAUGCGCUACUCAGAGCAUAAACUGGAAGAUGACCAGCUGGCUGAAGUUAAAAGCCUGGCACAGUUGCUAUGGGAGCUCUCUGAUGACAGUUACAACACACUGUCAUAUAUCUGCCAGUUCCUGCACCGUUUAGCUACAAAUGUUUCCAAAACCAAAAUGGAUGCACGAAAUUUAGCCUUGAUCUUUGGUCCCAACCUAAUUCGUCAUCUGGAUAAUAACCCUGAACUGAUGAUGAUGACAGCAGAUCUUACACAGCACCUGGCGUACAUGAUGAUUCAUCACUACUCAAAAGUUUUUUUGCCUCGACUUGAGUCAGAUCAGAAGGCAUCAUCUUCUGUAGUCCCUCGACCACAUGACGCAAAAGUUCCAAUAGCUGAUCUUUUGAGAUUAUCCCGCCCCUUGAUUUUGGUGAUGGGUCUUUAUAAGCCUCGACCAACAAACUUGUGUGAUUUGGUAGGUUUAGAAUUUAACUCUGCUCCUGUGGAAAUUUCCAAGAAUGACAGCCCCUUUGUUUUGGUUGAAGAUCACUUCAAGUAUCGUGACGAGCAGUGUGCUGGUCAGCAGGUGCCACAACAAGAUGAUGGGGCUAUGUGCAAUGACACUAGUAACAUGGAUAAUGGAAGUGUUGAUGCAGAUGUCACUCGAAGACCAAUCGCCCCUCGGCGCACCAAGUCACGAAUGAGCAGGCAGAGACGGUCAUGUGGCACACCAACCUCCCCUGUAUCUGGGGAAUGGCCAUCAGAGCGGCGACAGUUGGAUGCAGAAGAUGUGAAGACUGCUUUGUCAAACAGAAGCCAGACUUCACUUUCAGAUAGUUCUGAAUCCACUUCCAUAAACCAGGAACUGGUUGGCAGGCCAGAAAGUGGCCAGAAUUCUGAUGGAGAAGUUGCGAAUCUUAUACAUGCUCAGGAGUCACAACAGGAUAUGCAGGCUUUUACUGCUGAUUCACAGGGAAAGUCUGGUAGAGAGACGGGAAAUGUUGCUGAAGAGCAAACCUCAAGAAGAGCUGACAGCAGUAUAGGUGGUGUACAUAAUGGCGAGGGAGCAGGCAUAAGGAGUGAGGAUGGAAAGCUAGGACCUUCCCGUGCCUGCCUUGAGUCUCAGGUGGCUGCUCUCAAGUCAGAGCUGGUGAACACAAAAACUCGAUCAGAUCACCUAAUCUCUAUGAUGAAAGCCCAACUUAUGGACAUGCGUGAAAAAUAUGAGAACAGAAUCCGAACGAUGGAGAAUCAGCAUCGGUCACAAGUGACAGAUCUUGCUGCCAAGUUAGAUGCAGAACGCACAGCAUGUGCAGAAGCUGUGCAGAGGACUGUGGCUCUCCAGAACCAGCUUUACAAAUACAAGCUGCUGUAUGGUGAUUUAAAGGACUAGUCACAUUUUGUUUCUUAAAUUUGUGUGGUUCAUACUGCUACAGAUGAACUAGGCAGAGGAAGGGAGAGAAAAAAGUUUAUUGCAAGUUCCCUGUCAGUCUCUUCAAAGAUGUCCUGGCAACAUUAAAGCUCUAGACGCCACCAAACUAGAAACUUGUUCAGCUCAGAAUAUCAUCUCCUUUUGUUCUUGUAUGUUGGUCCCAGCCACGACAUAAAGGAUAUAAUUUUAUUUGAAAAAACGAAGUGGUCCAGAAAGAGGAGAAUCCAAAAGUUGCUGCUUGGUGCUGUAGUGUAAGGUUUUACAUAUUGUGCUACAUUUUUUGUGAGCACUUUUAUGCAAAACAUGUAAGUAACAUUUUCUUUUUUGUUCCAGCCUCGUUGCUUUAAUGUAUAACAUUUGAAUCCUUUGUAUCAAAGCAAUAAUGAUUAGGUAUGAAAAGGAUUAUUAUUUUAGAACCUGAAAAGGUCUUUGCUGUGUGGACCUUGUGAUUGUUGAUGCCUAUGUUUGGAAUGUACUUUUUGUUGUUUUCAAUAACCAUUGACUGCGACAAAUAGUGGACUUGCAGGAACACUCAAGAUCUUAAGCUUGCACACUCAGCCACCUGGGAAAUGAGAAUAAUAUUAAACUGCAUAUGAAAUAAAACAUGAAAAAAACUGUAGCUGGAUCAGACUAAUGAAUAAAAUCUUUUGGAAGUUUAUUGACUGGUUUAGUCUGACCUGUUAGAGAUGUGUCAGACUUUUUAUCAUACCUGAAAUAAUGGACAACAUAUUUUAUUGUCUUUCACAAGGAUUCACUACUUCUUGAAAACCUGAACAAACAAGGCUUCAGAACAUUUUAGUUCAGAAGGCAGAUGUGUUCUCUUGAUAAUGGAGUGUAGAUGCUAAAAUUUGCAUAAAAUUUGGUUAAGUUUGCAGGUUCUGGGUCAAAGCAUGCACCAGAUUUUGGACAUUGUUUUUUAUUGUUCUUUUUCCAUUGUUCUUUCACAGUUGUAAAAUGUUUGCACAUUGCUCAAAUAUGUUAUUGCUAUCACAUCAAUCUUGUGUACAUGACUUAAAGCAAGCUGGAUUGUUGGACCUUAAAACCCCAGACAUUAGGGACCGGUCCCAGGUGGUGCUCAAGCCUUAAAGGCCAAACUUUUAUGUCCAGAAUCUAACAUCUGGAAAACUAUUAAAUGUAUUAUGUGCCAGAGGAAUCACAAUGUGAAGGCUGUAGAAAAUAUGCUGACUUUUAGUUGUCAGUCAGUCUGUGUGCACUUGAGAUAUUAUCCACAUUGAACUAAUGAGGUAGUGGAUGAAAGAUAAGUAAGACGGUUUGUUUGCUUGUGAAAAAAAGAUGCAUGUAUAUAGAUUAACUUUCCUUUUACGAAGGCUUUCCAGCCUCUCCCCUUUUUUGAAUGGACAUGUCAUCUUGAGGAAGAAUUACCAUCAGCCCCAAUUUAUCCCUUUAUUUGGUAGAUUGAGACAUAAAAGCCAGUCAUUUUUUAUUUGUGACUUGAGGGAAGCAUGGUAUAUCAUCAAUGAAAAAACUGUUGAAGGUUGAUUUUUUUUGUUGCAAGUUUUGAAUGUGGCAGGAAACAGUGGUGUGUAGCAUCUCAGGAUUUCCUGUGUGUCAUUUUAUUGUUCUCUGUCUUCCAUGUCUUGUAUUUUCUUUUUUUCUGAAAAAAAAUUUAGCAGAAUAUCAACAGCUUUUGCAAAGAAGAUGUAGAGAACUAGAUCUUCUUUCAAACUGGAGAGUUGCAAAAUAUGUUGUGCAAUUGUGCAUUGUCUCCACAUUUACACUUUUGUGGAAGAUGAUGGCCUAAAACUUUUUUUUUUAAAGUUAGAGGUCAUUAUUUCAGGGCUUCUGCUUAUGCAAAAAAUUGCGUACAGUACACAUUAAAAGUUCGGAGGACCCCUUCCAUUUUCGUCAAUGGGGUCCCAUUCAAAUUUGGGCGAAGAACAGGGACCCCUUAAAAAUCUGUAGAAGGGGUCCCAGGGACCCCAAAGAAUUUAGCCUUAGCAGAAGCCCUGUUAUUUGCAUAUAAAGACAUAACCCAGUAUCUUCCAAAUAAAAGGUAACUACUGCCAGAUAUGAUGUAAUCUGGUCAUGUUACUUUGCAGUUUACCUAACUGGAAUGAUUUGGUGUUUUUAUAUAUUAAGCACACUGACAAGCACUCUUUGUGAAGCUGCCCAGUGAUUUUAAAUGUUUGCAUUUUUGCUUAAAGAUUGACUGACAUACUUGUCACUGAGAUGCAUCAGAGGUUUGGAAGAUUUUCUGGAGACAGAGAAUGUUUAAUAACUUCUGAAUUUGAUGUAAUGAUUAUAGAUUUCAGAUCAGGGCAUUGUUGAAAUAGACAUAUAUUUAGCAGGCUAUGUUAAAGCAAAAGUCUGGAACAGAACACAAUAGGGGCAACCAUAUUCCACAAAACUUGUUUUAAUUAAAACAUGUUAAUCUGCUAUGUGAUUGUUUUGCUUAUCUCUUUUUACUAAGCUAAAAUUGUCUCGUGUCAGCCAGUGUGUAUUAUAAUGGAAUUUAAUGCUGACCUUGUGCAUAAAGAUAAGCCUGUCUGUACCCUUAUAAAGUGUAGUUGUGUGGUAUAAACUGGUAUGAUUGUUUUGUUGUGUGAAGUUGUUGCCUUGUUUUUGUUUAAAUCAGCAUUCAGGCAUUGCUAACUAUUAGCUUGUGUUGGCAUUGUGAAUUUAAGUUUUACAUAUCCCUUUCAUUCUGCCGUUUCCACUUGUCAAGCAUGCCAGAACUGAAUGUUUUGUACAUCAUUUUAUUGUGUUGCUAUUCUCUCUUAUAAACAUUCCUUUUGAAGCAUUGCACAAUUUUCAGUGUGUUAUACCUGCUUGUUAUGGUUAAAGUUUAUCUGUCCCAGACUUUUAAGUUUAUUUACAAAUAGAAAUAAUUUGUUUAUUUCAUAAUUUAGAGGCACACUCUUGGUAUAAAUUGGUGGCAUGAAGACAUUGAGGUGUUGUGUAUAUGCAGUGGUGAAUGAUAUGUCUGCCUUUUGCUGAAGUAGGAGUGUUUGAGUUAACACCAUACAUUAAUGGAUGUGUUUCAGAGUAGAUGGUCUGAGCUAAUAAUGUGGAUGUUGGUCUAAAACGUAGCUGAGGAAGUAAAAAACCUUUUUGUGUGUGUGCAACAGACGUGUCUUGUCCUCCUUUAGUUGAUAAGAAAUGAAGUCACUUGCAUUAGAAAACAAUCAAAAAUCCUGCCAAGCUUGGGGUAUAAUUCUGUAUUGCUUUAGUCAGGCCUUAAGGAUACUGGACAGCUGCAUGUGCUGACAUAUAUUAUCUGCUUGAAGUGUACUUUUGCUUUUCUAAUGGAAUGGGCUGAUCACCAAGGCCAAGUAAAUAAAUCAUUUGACUCUUGCAUUUAAUUAGCUUUCAUGGAAGAAGAUUUCUUCAUAUGGUUGGAUUACAGAAAGCAGUAUCACAGUUGCUCACGUGUUGUAAAAUGCCCCUUGCAUUGCAAGUUCUAUGGUGUGCAUGGUACUCAGUUUGCUGCUUUGAUUUUUAGCACAUUCAGAAAUUUAAAAACUACGUGCUUCUAUUAAUGUUAAAAACAAUUUAUAGGCUGAAGCAAGCUCCUUAAACAGCACAAUCUAAGACAUGUUUAUUCAUAUGACAAGAGGAAAAAAAUAUGAAAGAGGGACAGAGUUUUGUUGAGAAAUUAAAAAAGGCUGAGUGCAGAAGUAGAGAGGAGAUAAAUGAAAACUAUUAAAUGUAUUUGUGGGCAUUGAAUAAAUGUGUAUGUGCACAUUAAGAGAGAGAGUGUGUGUGUGUGCAAAAAUUAAGAACUGUUUUCUUUGUAUUGUAAUGAUUUUUAUUGUUCUAUGCAUAAUAUAUUUAUGGCACACAGUACAUUUCUGGACUAUAUGUAAGAAAAAUAAAAUAAAAAAUGUGUGCUAUGGUAUUCUCUCCAUAUUUCAUUUCUGUAUAUCAACAUAAAGGUAAUGAAAAAAUUCCAGGAAUUAUAAAAUUGAAUAGCCAGGAUGUCAAACCUCAAUUGACAGUUAUAGGGUGCAUGACCCAACAUUUUCUAAAAUGGCAGAAUGAAAACUGACUCAAUUUUUCUCUCUAAGGUUGUCAUUGUUUCAGAGCAGAGAUAGCAACAUAGAAAUAGUUGCAGACAAUGGACUACUAAUUAAAAUUUUAAAAAAAAGGAAAAAAAUUUGCAAACUGCUAAGUUUAUAGGGAAUCAAUAAAAUAACAUGUUCAGGAGUGAACUUUGUUCAAUUAAGAAAUAAGACGAACUAUCUAUUGGUUUGGUGCUCUGUUUUGUGGCACAAAUUGAGUCCUUUGCAGUAUUACUACCUCACUACAGUGAGUAGCUGGUGUACUUAUCUAUAGAUAAAUCUUUAUCUUAAGUGCAGUCCUGCAUUUUAGUAAGUUUUUCAUUUGAGAAAUACUGUUCAUAGAAUUUACCAAGAUUUUUUUGUCUGAAUAAUGUGAGAAAAUACAGACAUCAUAAAGUGUCUUGUAAAUAUGUGCAGGAAAACAGUAGCAGAUUUUUCUCCCUAAGAAAUUAUAAUCCAUUGUGGGAUCAUUUCUGUCACCCUUAUUAAUACUUCAUAAUUUAGCAAGUGGGCAAGGGUUAAGAUGCAGAUGUUGUGUGAAAAAAAUGCUAUGCAGGAUGAAACAGGUGUCAAGACAUAUUCUUUAUUCUUGUGUAACAGUAGCAAGGAGCCACCCACUUUGCCACUUUUCUGACAGGGACACAGCAUGUUUUAUGUUUUAUAUGGCUUUUUCUGCACUUUGGCCACUAUCCUGCUUCAGUCCAUUAGAUUCUAUUGUUGAUGCUUGUUUUUUUUUUAAACUAUAAACAAUUUGCUUUCUGCUAUUUUUUUUAUAUUAGUGGAAAACCUUUUAGAAUUCUAUUAUUUUGUGAGGGAACUUGGGGUAGGAGAGAGUCAUUCUUGUCUUGCUAUUCUUCCACCUAUGAAAAUGUGUUACAGCUUCCCCCUCAUAUAAAUACCCCCCCCCACCCCCCUUUACACACAUACACACACUACCCAAGCUGGUUUUUAGAAUUUUCUAAAAUAAGUUUUGGGUUGACACUUUUAUAACUCUCACAUGCCCUGCUCAUGAUCUCUGACUUUUUAAAAAAAAAAAUUUUAGUUUCAGUUCAGUAUUUGUCAUGGGGGAAAAAAGUGUUUAUCUCUUGUAAUAAACCUGACUAGUUUUUCCUCAAGUUUAUUUUUGCCUGUUUCCACAAAGGCAUUAACAUUAUAAUUUGGAUUUGAUUAUUUGUAUGUAUAUUGCUAAGAGAAUGGAAUGUAACUCAAAAUCUGCAAUUAAGUACAGUAAGUGUUCAUUCUUGAUCAUGCUUCUAAUAUCUUAUCAGUUAUUAUUCUGCACCUCUCCCUUCCGUUAAUGUUACCAUUUUGAUUAAAAUUAUUACUGUGCAGUCAAUUGGUACCCAUUGUAAUAGAUAUGUAUGCACCAUUACUUAAAGAUACUUAUUUAAGCGUGCACUGACUGCAUCAGAUCUUUGUUGAUGUUGUUGGUGUUGUAUGCUUCUUGUGGGUCACAAAAUGCUCAUAUUAUAUCAUACACAGGGCAGCUGUAGCCUGAGAAUGUUUCUUUGCUGAAGUUGACAAUUAUCACUUUGCAUGUAGUUUCCUAUGUUUGUGCCCUGAAGAGCUGCAAGAGAUCACUGCAUAUAGAUUGUAGAUGGAUUUUUUUUCUAAAGUUCCAACAUACACUUGAUUCUGAAAUACAGGUCAAAAGAAUGAAAAUUGUCAAGUGGUCAUAAGCUCACUUCUCAAAGGUAAAAGUAGGGACAGGUUUUAUUUCAGUCCUAAAAUGUUUGUACGACAUAGCAUUUUUACUGUUGUUAACUAGUCUUGUAUUGUGCUAAUGUUUCAGGGAGUACAUGCUAAACAUUCUUGUUUUGUCAGAUGUGCCCUCUUCUAACAUACCUUAACUUUGUAAAUAUGUUACGUUUUGAAGUGAAAUCAUGCUACUCAAGGAAGGCAUUGUCUGAUUUUCUCACACAAGUUUAGCAGAGGAGACUUCCUUGUGGUUUUAUUUUACAUACGGUGUUCAGCUGGUAGCUGUUCACAGUUUGUCGUUUCCUUUAUUGUUAAGCACUGCAGCACAAGGGCGCAUAUUUUCUUCUAUUGCACUGUUUAGCCAUACAAAAUUUUGUAGUUCUGUUUUUAAAAACCCUCCUAAUUUGGGGAAGAAUUUCACUAGAUGUUGCUUUCAGCAUGUUAGGAUCCUUGUCAGUGCUUGUGCAACACAAUGUUUUCAUAAAAGCAAGAUAUAAAUUAAGUAAUUUUUUUCUUGCUUGACGUGAGGGCAAUUUUGAACUUAUUUUAAGAUUUUUAACAUGUAGCCUGUACCUAAUAAUAAUGUGAACAUGUGAUGCACAGCAUCACAACCAAGAUAGAUCGCACUCUCUGCGCAGACCGUUAAUAAUAAAUGAAAAAUAACAGCCAGUGGACAGAGGGUACGUAUAGACACACUGAACAACAUUAAGAUGAGAUGCAAGAGUAGAAUAUAAAGCAAUGCAGGAAAGUACAUAAAGUUAGCAUGACAAAAAAUAUUGCAAGGGAGUUAAGGAUAGUAAUUCAGGGAUAGUACUUUGUGAAAAAAUAUGUUUUCAGAGAGCAUUUGAAUGUAGCCUUGGAGUCGGUGUGGCGAAUAUGAUGUGGAAGAGAGCAGCACAGAGGGAGAAUGUCCAUUGUCAUAUGCAACUGUCUUUGUUGGGGGAGGGAUAGAAUUAUGUUCUGUUUUGUAACUGCAUAUUAAAUUUCUCCAUUCAGAAAGUUACAUGUACAGUUUAAUACAACCACAAGCAUUUAUUUUGAGAAUGUUUAUUUUAUGAACAAAUAUGGGGCUUAAUUUUAAUUGAGGUAGUAGUGCAGAUGGUAUUUGGAUCUGUUUUCCCUCCCCCGACUUCCCUGGAAGUGAGUGGAACAUAUUUUGGAGAAUAAGAGUCACAUAAUAGAUUAUUUGAAAUAUUCUUUUUUACUUUUUGGGGCAUGUAAGAAAGGGGAAACAGGGGAAAAGAUAGAAAAUAUAGAAAAGAAGUAAUCUGGAUUUAAAUAGUUAAGUAAUUCAUGUUUAAUAUGCCAUAUUUAUAAAGUCUUAAUUUUAAAGAGAAUAAAGUGUGGCAGUCUUUUUAGAAAACUAAGGUUAGAUUAUAUAAGUGAUUUGUUUUAAGAAAACUGUUAAGAGGUUGUUGUUUUUUUUUGUUUUGUGAUCUUUGACACAUUGCCAGCUAAGAUCUCUGACUACUGCUGGAUCUUUUACUCGUGUUUCUUUUUUCAUAGAAACAUUACAAUUUCAUUCUGAAGACUAGAACCCUCUGACAAUGAAAUGUCAAGAACACUUAUCUGUUGGUUACAUUUUUUUUACUGUACAGUGUAUAUAUGUAUUGUGCUGAAGAACAGCUGCUUUUUUUUUUUUAACAACAGUUUCAAGAACUAAACUGAUUAUCAAGUUAGAAACUAGAACAUUCUAAAUUUCAAAUACUGUGUCUUCCAGUUAUUACCGGGUGCAGUUGGUGUAUAGUUUGUUCUUUGCAGUCUGAUGAGAUUUAAACAAAAAAAAUUUUUUGAUAAAUGACUAACUGCAGCUAUUCCUGGUUUUGAUCUAUAUAAAGGGCAGAAUUUUUUUUUUGUCUACAAAAAUGUCUCUAAAGAUUGUCUGCACCUGCUUGCCCUUACACAGAUAGACAUUUGUAUCUCUUGCUUAUCUCACUUAGCUUAAUGCCUGCAGACACAUCAAUGCUUAUGCAUACUUAUCUGUAUACAACUUGUAGACACAACUUAGAGGGAUUAGCUUUGCUAAUUAACCAGCUAGAUGUUGCUGCAUCAGGGCAGUCUCUUAUCAUCUGCUUAAGUGGCAGCAUUAUCAGGGAACUGACGUAGUCUGUUGAUCCUCUCUUGUUAUGCUCGCAUUUUUCUUGUUUUCGGUAUCUGUCUGCAACAUAUUUCCUGCUGUUGAUAGUCUUCAUAGCUGGUUUCCAGAUUUUUAUCUCCUUUUCCGUGCCUUGUCAAAAAGUACAAUUUGACUAUGAGAUUAAGAGCUUAUAAAACCCACACCAGCUAGACCUGUUUCGCAGAUUUGUGGGGAAUUACAGCUGAUGAUUGUCUACAUACCUGCAACCACUGUGUCUAAUUUUUAACAUCAAUCUUUUUUUUUAAAGUUACUGAGUUGUCACAAAGUCUAAUUUAAAUUGCAUUUUGUGUCAGGCAUCAAAGCAUGUAGCAUUUCCUCAAAUUUUAGUGCAAUGAAUGUGUGAACUUUGUACUAAUAUUUUCAAGUGAAAGAUCUGUUUAAACCUUGUAAUAUAUGUUUUAGGGACUUUCAGAAUCGAAGUCUUGUGCCAUCAGAACAACAGUUCAUGAAAGUAUCUUAAUGGGUGUCGGACCAGUUACCAACACAUAUAAGCAGCUUUGUUGCUACUACAAGUAUUUUAAAACAUAAAGACAUUCCACAUUAUGAUAAGCAGCUGCGACAGCAACAUCUUCUCUAUUUAAACAUAAUACUCAUAGUAUAAGAGUGUCUGAAGAUCAACAAUCUGUAAAUCAUCUGAGUUUACACAUCUAAGUCUAACCAUCUUAUCUUUGAGGUACUGAUUUUAAUGAAAAAUAUCUAGCUUCUGUUAAGAUGUAUUUUGCAAAUGAUCUAUAACUUCAGUAUCUUAUGUCAAUGCAAAUUAUUUUAAUAAACAUUUUAAAGUGAUAAAAA